CAGGUAUCCAAAGAGAACAAGAUGCUGAAACGGAUGAGCCAGGCACUGAUGCCAAUGAUCACAGAGCUUCCUGAGCACCUGGAGGAGAUGACACUGAAGGCACAGGCCAGCAGCGACCCUGCCACUGAAUCCAUCCAGCAAUACCAGAAGCAGAUCAAAGACCUUCAAGACACUAUCGACAAACUGCUGAAUGAGAAGAUGCAGCUAUCGAGUCAGGUGAAGGAACUGCAAGUCAAGAUUUUCAAACUGACAGAUGAGCUCACAGCAGAGAGGCAGGAGAGAGAGUCCCUGGUGAAGAGUUUGCACCACAACAACAAGACCAUGAAGAGGCUGAGCAGAGUGUCCCAGCUGGUGUCCCAGGAGUAUAAUGAGGUGUCCAUGAAGCUGGAGCUUGAGCAGGAUCUCCGGCAGCACGCAGAGGUCUUCGCUCACAGAAUGCUGGUGCGUCAGAAGGAGGCGUCCCGCCAGAGCAUGAUUCUGCUGCAGAGCGCUGAGCCCAGCCAGCAGCUCCUGGAGGCUCUAAACAAGGGGGCCGAGUUGAACAAGACCCUGGAGGAGCUGAAACUGCAGCACGAGAUCAGGGUGAAGGAGCUGCAGGCUCAGUUGGAGGAGAGUGCUCUGCAGAAGGAACUAAGCAGAGUGAAGGUGGCACUGGAUCUCAGUGUAGAGGAUAAGCAGGAAGCUGAGACCCAGCUGAGCCAAGCCCAGCUCACCAUCAUCCAGUUGCAGGAGGAAGUUAAACAGAUGAAAGAUGCACUAAAACUGGCUGAAUCUCAUUCUGCAUCAGGAAUGAACCAAUCAGAGAAAAAUACACCUGCCCCUCUUGAAGAACUCAUGAACCGCAGGAGGAAGGGCCAGGCGAACCCCCGAGCUACAACCACACAGCCAACUCUUCUGGAUGUCAAAUCCAAGGCUGUGAACGAGAUGAUGGAGCGGAUCAAGAAUGGGAUUAUUCUGAAACCUACACAGAGGAACACACAGGACGUCGCUGUUGAUGACAGUAGCAACAGUGAUUGGAACACAAAGAACUCCAUGAAGAAGCCGGUGAAGCGGAGGUCGUGCCGGAGGAUCAGCCGAAGGAUCCCUGACCAGGAGCUGAUUGCGAUCCUGCAGAGGAGGAGGAGAGCUAUGGAGGACGGGCCAGUUUCCAGCGAGACAAAGCCCCUAGCCACAAGACAGGGGGAGAACCAGCCGGAGAACACUGCACCAUCAGACUCAAAGGUCUUGUCCUGGGGUGCAGGGACCAGCAACGCUCCGGUCCUGCGCCGGCUGAGACAGACAAGAGCAAACCGGGAUUCCAGGAUCAGAGCCUCUGAGAGCACCGCCUGGUGGAACAGUUAG